AUGGCUGAGAAACAUUAUCCUCUUCUGGGAGCACGUUUCUGGCUGACUGUGACGAUUCUUUGCUGCUCGAUCGUCGUCGUUGAGUCAGCGAAUUUCUACCCUUUUGGGCAUGAGAACGGAGACAACGCUCUGGUCAAGCAAGACGACGCAUUCACCACAAUCGACAUCGACUUCGAUUUCCACUUUUUCGGUUUGCCAUAUUCGAAAAUCCACAUAAGUACGAACGGAAUAUUAUACUUCGGCGAAGGAAGCAACGCAUUUACCCCAACGCCAUUCCCAGUUAACAAUACUCGGUCAGUGGCUGCUUACUGGGUCGACAGUGACCCGAGGUUUGGUGGUGAUAUUUUCUACAGGGAAGAUUUCAGACCUGCGAUAUUGGGCAACCUAACUGAUUAUAUAAGAAGCAAAUUUGUACAGUACAACUCCUUCACGAGUUCAUGGUCUCUAAUUGUCACGUUCAAUCAGGUGCCCAGGUACAACUGCCAGAACAACCAAUCGUGUCAAAAUGUUGUCAACCAUCAGACUAUUCUAACAAGCGAUGGCAUACACUCUUUCGUCAUUUUCCUCUACGAUAAGUUACAAUACUCUAUGGCUCAAAUUGGAUUCAACGCUGGCGAUAUGAAGAGAUACUUUUUAGUGCCCUUCUCUAACACUGAUAAGAUAUCAGAGUAUGCGUUACAGAACAGCAAUGUUGGCAGUCCUGGAGAGUGGAUGUUCUCAAUUGGCGACGAGAUUGCUUCAGCUUGUAAUUCAAUGGGCUUUUUGCAAGUAUAUCCAAAAAAAGUUUUCUAUUUCGGACCGCAAGUUUUGUACAUAAGUGGGCCGUGUUUAGACAAAAAUUUAACUCAUAUAAGAAUUAAAAUGUUCAAGUUUUGUCCCGUGAUUGAAAAUAAAAUAAAAUGUACAACUUCGUACUCCGAUAACACAACCAGGGUUCCCAUAGUGUUCUCAGUGAACAACACUGAGUACAAAAGUUUUUACAUUCCUUUCGACUCGGAAGAUCCUCUCGUUAAAAACAGUUCCUUUUUUAAUAUUUUCACAUCAGAACAAAAAUUUGUUGAUAUAAUGUGGAAUCAGUUGGCAUUCGAAUCUGAUACGGUUGAAAUUAGAGGAACCCAACAAGAUAUAUCAUACGAUGGAAGCGGUAAAAUUGCGAAAACUGAAGAAAAACUGUUUACAAUAAAUGUCAGUAACACCGGAAAAUACAGGUUUGACUUUUUAGAUCCGCAACAAAGUUUGAAAGCUACGAGAAUUUUUUUAAACAUCGGCUAUUUCGUAUUUGAAAUAUUUCGUCACGGCAUCGGAACUACAUGCACUAGCUGGUAUAACGGAGAACCAAAGACAGAUAGUAUAAAUCAAAUAGCUGACGAAGAAGCAAGACGCAAUCCAUGCCAGCCCCUCGCUCCAACCACAUUUCCGGAACAACUUCCUGGGGGUUUUAAAAAAGAUUCCUCUUGCAAUCCAUCCAAUCCUGAAGCAUGCAACAUUUUUCACCCAGGCGCCAAGAUUUGUUACAGAAGCACUAACAAUCCAAAAGGUUCCGCUGUGCAGUGUUGUUAUAAUAGUGAUGGUAGGUUGGUGAUCGGACCGCCAGGUGGUGGGUCGUUAUCUUUGAUUGAUUCUGAUAGCUCCAAGCUUGGUUAUUUUUGGAACCAAAUUAGACCUUAUCUUUUGUGCUGCAAAAUGUCAGAUGACUGUGAUAAGUUUUACACGAAAAGGCCUUCGAUUGAUUCCAGGUAUUACAUUCCUCCCCGACCAGCCAGAGCAAAUGGUGAUCCCCAUUUUGUUACCAUGGACGGAACUCCGUACGAAUUCAAUCCUGUCGGAGAAUUUAUAUACUUGCAGACACCAAACACGAUGGUGCAAGCUAGAAUGAAGCAAUUCAUGGUAGGCGACAGUCCCAGACCGGCCAGCUACUUUUCAGCGUUUGCUAUCAAAGUCUUUGACGAUGUUAUAUUUCAGAUAGAACUGGCUUCGAGGAAGAGAUUGCAGUUGAGAAUUGAAAACCAAAUAUGGACGGAUGAGGUGAUAAAUUUGGGCUCAGCAAAUGUAGACAUGAGAAACGAAUCAGAUUACAAUGUUGUGACAACCACAGGCUUAAGUUUUCACUUUCUAGGCAUAAACAAUAUGAUCCACGUAAUAUCCUCUCUACAGCCUCACUUGAAAGGAAAUGUUUACGGACUGAUAGGUAACUGGGAUGACAACCAGGCCAAUGAUUUGAUGUUUCCAAAUAAAACAUGGAUUCCUGUAACGUCUUCCAUUGAAGAAAUUCACAAAACAUUCGGCAGAUCGUGGUCUACCACUGAAGAAACAUCGAUAUUUUCCUACCCCGAAGGAUUGAGUUGGAGAGAUUUUCAAAAUCCCGAUUUCAGUCCAUUUUUCGGACCUUUGCCAGUUGAACCUAGAUGCGGAAACAAUACGGAAUGCAUAUUUGACACAAUCGUCACAGGAGACAUCGGCGUCGGUUUAACAAAUGUAGCUGUUCAGGACAUGACAAAAAAUAUUAUCGAAGAAAACGAGAAGAUGAUUAAAACAUGUGACACAUUAUUAACUAUUCCGAACGGCAACAUCACCAUUUCAAAAUUGAACGCCCACGAUUUGACGCGCGUUAACUAUUCCGUCUCCUGUAACGAACACUUCAAACUGAGAGGCAAUGCUUUUGCGAGAUGUGUCGACGGAAACCUGCUAGAACCAUAUGGGACAUGCUCCUUCGCUGCUUGCAUCCUUUACCAAUUUAGAAACAUUUUAAUCUUGAUGCUCGCAGAACUGAUUCUUAAUUAUUUUUAA